GUUGGACAUUUGUACAAGGAACUGUAAAGAAAAUCAUAACAAUGGACAAUAUAUCAAGACGCAUUGAACAAAUGUUUCCAUAUUUCGAUGAUUCACACAGUCAGAAACUUUAUAAUUCAACAAAGUUGUUACUAGAGGAACGGAUACUUCAACUAUUGAGUAUUGUUCAAACCGAAAAUACUGAAAAUCUGUUGGAAAAUUAUCAUGGAAAUUGGCAGAAGUAUUGCAAAAGUAGAAUAAACCUAAGUUACUGUACCACAACUACAAUACAAUCAAAUAAUAAGAAACAUAAACUGUCUGAGGCAAAGGCUAGUGUAUGGCCACAUUUCACUAGCCUCCCCCACGCAGAUGGAGAUCUCAACAAACUACAACGUAACAUAUCAAUAACCACAAUACAUUAACACAUUUUUAAAAGUACAGGCAUCCAAUGAUUGUCCAUUUGAAGGAAGUAUUUAUAUUUAUUUGUCAUCAAAAUUAAAAUAAGA